CCUUCAUUCAGAACCGAAGAUAGAGUUAGUUAGUUGAAGUGUAGCGGUAACCUCGCUACAGUCACUAUAAACUGUCAGUAUUUGUUAAAUGGGAAGUGUUUGUGUUAUUUGUAGAGUUUACUGACAGUUAACAUUUGACACUCUCCAGCUCCAGGAUAGAUUCCAGUAGUUUAGUUAGAGAUUUUAAUAGAUGGUCAAAGUUUGAAGGGUUCAAAUUUGGUGGAGCAGUGUUUGUGUGUUGAUAGAGUGAGAAGGUUGAUAGUGGAGAUAGCUAGAGCGGAGGAGAUAACUGGAGAUACCAACCAUGGACCUUUUACUGAUAUCAUUGUCACUAAUAUCCCUCAGUUCCUACUCCAUCGAUGCAGCCAUCUAUGUUCCCAAACACGGUCAUUACCUCUCAUCGGGAAUUAAAAGCUAUUCCAGUCCGUUCCCAGUUAAACUGGUCAAAGUAACGAAUACGGUAGCCGUUCCCGUUCCCUAUCCAGUUCACAUAACAAAGACCGUUCCUUACCCGGUAACCGUUCACAAACCAUUCCCCUAUCCUGUUCCUCAUCCGUUACCGGUUGAAAUCACGAAGCCAGUAAUCAUCCAGCAGGCAGUACCUGUUCCAGUUCCCAAGCCGGUAGCGGUUCCCAAACCGAUACUGAUCAGUGAUGGAUUGGUGCCUCCUAGUGCAACAGGAAGCCACGGCUACCUAGGUUACUCAUUCUACGGCCUCUCCAGCCUCUCCCAACCGUCCGCCCACGACAGCAAAGAAGUUCUCUUCAACCGCGGACCAAUCACCUUCCAGCAGCGCCUCCCCGGUCCGGACUACGAUUACACCGCACCUCCGGAUGUCAGCUCACAAGCCUCCGACUACGGCGAGGGAGCUCCGUCUCAGGACUUCCAGCCUCCGCCCAACGCUCCGUUCGAGCCCUUCCGGAGCACCGAGUUCGAACCUUUCCGAAGCGCCGAGUUCGAGAAUGUCCGGAGUGCCGAGUUCGAGCACCUCAGGAGUUCGGAGUUGGGCAGUGCGUCCUCGGAGCAGGAAAAGGAUAGCUAUUUCCCACGACAGGAAGACGAGUCGGAAGAGAAGGAUGUGUCUGAUAGGUCAUAGGAUUUGACUGUUUAGGAUUUUUGAUGUAGGUGACAAAUCCUUUAAGGGUUCACUGAAAUUAUAGAGAGGACUUUGAAAAAGAUAAAAUGUUCUGAAUAUUGAAAGCUAUAAUUGUUCUCGCAUAAAAUUUUUUGUCAAGGAUGAUGCUCACUUGAGCUCUGAGCUUUAAUUGUUGUCAAAUAAUUUUUUUGCGUAGGAUGAUGCCCACAAGAGCUCUAGGCUUGUGCGUGGGUAAUUCUUUCUUCUUCUGGUGCCUAUCCGUUACCGAAUGUUGGCAAUGUCAUUCUGGCAAUUAUAACUUUGUUGACAGCCGCUCUAAAAUGUUCCGGGGAGGACACUGCAAACCAUGUUCUCAAGUUCUUUAACCAGGAAAUUCGUCUCCUACCAACACCUCUCCUGCCAAGAACUUUACCCUGUAGUACACAUUCUAACAACUGAUAUUUAGUUCCAUUCCUCAUAAUGUGCCCCAGAUACUCCAAUUUUCGUCUCUUGACAGUGUACAUUAUCUCCGUCUUCUUACUGAGUUGUUGAAGAACCCUGUUGUUGGAAAUUUUGUCCAUCCAUGAUAUAUUCAGGAUUCGUCUAUAGGUAAUUAGACGGAUGAUAAUUAGAGAUGAGUGGACCUACAGCUUAGUAUGGGUUCAAAACUCAUUUUAUUGAACACACCGAAGCUGCGUCUACACCAAAGUUAUUAACAAAAUGUUGAUAGCUUAAUCGUUAUAGAAUCUAUUAGAUUGAACGGAACUUGACAAAUAUAUAUGUUCAUCAU